AUGUUUUUCGGAAAUGGAGGAAUGUUCGGGGAAGAUUUCGGUGGUCGAGGUCCUUCCAAAAAUGCCGAUACGCAGAAGCUCUAUGACGUCUUGGGUGUGGGGAAAGGUGCUUCUACAGCUGAUAUUAAGAAGGCAUAUCGCAAGUUGGCGAUGCAGCAUCAUCCUGAUAAGGGCGGCGAUGAGGAGGAGUUCAAGCUGAUCACCAAGGCUUAUGAGAUUCUGAGCGACGAUGAGAAACGAAGAAGAUACGAUCAGUUUGGCGAGGAGGGUGUCGACUCUGAUGGUGGUAUGGCGCAUGCGACUGACAUUUUUGAUAUGAUGUUUGGUGGAGGCGGCAGAAGAGGAGGAGGAGGUCGUCGUAGAGGUGAUGACGUUCAGCACAUUUUGGAGGUGCCGUUGAAGCAACUGUACACUGGUGCUACUCGAAAGCUGAUGAUCAAUCGAGUGGUCGUCGAUAAGGACGUUCCGGUGACCACGUGUAACGCUUGUGAUGGUCAAGGGGCUACUGUGAAGGUCAUUAGGAUGGGCCCGAUGAUCCAACAGGACUCUCCUAGGAUUAGCAAGAAGAUGGAAAAGGAGUAUGAGCAUCAUGAGCUGGUUGAUAUGGACCCUAGCGUGAGUGCUCGAAUGGGAGCACAGAGUAGUGGAGGGGAAGCGUACGAUGAAGACGAGGAAGGACAUAGGGGUCCUAGUGUGGCAUGUGCCCAGCAAUAA